GGUUAGGUUUCAUCUUACACUUCAGUCACUUUUCACAACCAGUGCUGGUAACAACUCCACAGCAAAACUGGUACUACAAACACAAAAACUUGACACUGUUAUAAAUUGUGCCUCUCUUAUUUGAAGGAUUCUCACUUGUUGAAUUUUGUUGUUGAAUUUUGUUCGAGAAAGUGAACAACGUGAACGCAAAUUUUAAUGUGCAAGGAAAUGUGAAUUGCUUGAAUAUUGAGACCUUAAGAAAAAUAAUCGUUGUAUUAAAAACUGCUUAAUAAUAAGAUUUUUAUCUGCAUACCGGUAUUGUUAUCAUGUUUGCGGACGGUAACUUAGUGGGGGAUGGCUCGUGGGAGUUGCAAGUGCUGGUGACCGACAUGGGGUCGGAACCAAGGACGCUACGGGUCAAAGGAGAAACGCACAUUGGAGGGCUCAUGCUCCAACUUACAGAUGACCUAAGAAAUCAAGGAGUAGCAAUCGAUUGGUCAGAUCAUGCUCUUUGGUGGCCAGAGCGCAAUGUUUGGUUAUCCAGAACAAGAUUUACCCUUGACCAGUACGGAGUACAAGCCGAUGCGUUACUAUACUUUACUCCUUGUCACAAGGUGCUAAGGAUUCAGUUACCUGAUCGAAGAACGCUAGAUUGUAAGGUGGACUUUUCCAUCAAAACCUUUAACGCUGUGGUUCGCCUGUGUAAGCAGUUGGGAAUUCGACAUCCUGAGGAACUAUCUUUCGCUUUUCCUUUGGGUCCGGAACACCUCAAACAGAAUUUUGGCCAGCUUCUCCGAAGUCGAAGGAAUGGCUACGCUUCGCAUGCCGGACAUGGGGAUGAUUCUUACGGGGGUCGAGGAAGGUCGCCCCUCCCUCCACCCGACACAAAUACAUUUGUCGCUAAUGCGAGUUCAAACGGGAUGUACAGUCGACACAAUCAGAGCACAGGGAGUAACUCUUCUGGCGGAAGUGGGGGUGGGAUUGGGGAACGUUUCCUCUGCGCCCCUGUCCGCUCUCCGUCCAACAAGACGCCAAUGAGUUCUCCACUUAGCUGGUCGUCAAAUGGGGCCUCGCCCUACAACACUUUGGGUAAUGGGAACACCUCCUACUCCCCAAUCCCUCUGUCCGCGAGUGCCAACGGGUUCAACGAGCUGGACCUCGAGGUGUCAGCUCACCUCGAAGCCCUUGCCACCACACCGCCCAUUGACCCAAAUUUGAAACACUUGAGGCCCAGAAAUCUGGUGGAGAAAGCGAGGCUUAACGUAGCAUGGCUGGAUUCAUCUUUGUCCAUAAUGGAACAAGGCGUGAGAGAGUUUGACACUUUAAAUUUGCGCUUUAAGUUCUACUCUUUCUACGACCUAAACCCUAAAUUUGAUGCUGUUCGAAUCAACCAAUUAUAUGAACAAGCUCGGUGGCAACUACUAAAUGAAGAGAUUGACUGCACGGAAGAAGAAAUGCUCAUGUUUUCGGCGUUACAGCUUCAAGUCAGCCUCCAGUCCAAUGUCCCUCAACCAGAUUUUCCCAACCAAGGUGAAGACGACAUAGACGCGGCACUGAAUGAUCUUCAAGUAACGCUGGAAGGAUCAGGAGUCAACAAUAGGAGUAUUAUGCACACCCCAGAGUUAUCCGACAGCCUGCGAGUAAUGAAACCAAAAAAGUUUACGCUAAAGGGCUGGAAAAAGUAUCACGUAACCUGUAGAGACUUGUACAUGAACUUUCAAAAAAGUCGAGGCGAUCCCGACUCUGCAUUCUCAAUCUCCCUUAAAGGCUGUGAGGUCGCUCCUGACGUAAAUUUAGCACAGCAAAAGUACGGCAUCAAACUAGAGGUCCCAGGACCAGAUGGGAUGACCGAAUACUGGAUCCGAUGUGAUUCGGAGGAUCAAUACGCCAAAUGGAUGGCUGCUUGUAAACUUGGGUCUAAAGGAAAGACUCUGGCCGAUAGUUCGUACGACUCUGAAGUAAAUACUAUCAGAUCAUUUUUGUCCAUGCAACAUCGUGCUCCAGCCCCUGCCAUCAAUCCAAAUUCUUUCGAUAUUACACCAGAAGAAUACAUUGCACCCAGAUUUCUUAAAAAGAUUAAGGGAAAGUUACCGCAAAGGAUCCUUGAAGCGCAUGCCAAUGUGAAGGAUUGUAAUUUGGUAGAGGCAAAAAUGAAGUAUAUUAAAGCUUGGCAAUCUCUUCCCGACUUUGGAAUUUCAUUGUUCAUUGUCCAUUGUGGAUCGAAAAAGGAGGAACUGCUCGGCGUUGCAUUUAACAGAAUUAUGAGGAUGGAUAUCAAUAAUGGAGACCACAUCAAAACCUGGAGAUACAAUAACAUGAAGGCAUGGAACGUCAACUGGGAAGUCAAAAUGAUGAUGAUUCAGCUCGAUGACGAAAAUAUCAGUUUUGGAUGCCUCUCCGCAGAUUGUAAAGUUGUUCAUGAAUUCAUUGGAGGAUAUAUUUUCCUGUCUCUUCGCUCCAAAGACGCCAGUCAAACGCUAAAUGAAGAUAUGUUUCACAAGUUAACCGGGGGAUGGAAUUAACAUUACCUUACAAUUUCGUCACUAACUACAAAUUACAAAAAGGUUUCUAACAAAGUGCCACCAAAUUUACCGUCGUAUAUGUUAAAAUAUGAUAAUCAUUUAUUGCCAGUUACCUCAAAUACAUAGUUAUUAUAACAAUAAUGAGUUUUAACCAUGCAUAGUAGGUUGUCUGAAACUGAAAUUAUCUGAAACUAACCACACGGAGUUACAUAAAUAUACCUCGCCUGUUCAUCGUCAUGUACAAUUAUUAGUUUAAACUUUGUCAUGUACAUAAACUUGUAACAUUUUAAGAAUAUUCCGCAUCAAAAUUUUACAAUCAUUGAACAACAAGUGCAAUUAACUUUUUAAAAUUAAUAAUUUAAGAACCGUUUAUGUAAACGAUUAUGAAUACCUUCCAGAUGUAACACGACUUGUUGGCAUCUGUUAUUAUGCCAUAUGAAGUACCAAUAAAUAGAUACAUAGUUUGCCUAUGCGAUUUACAACUUGUAUAAUUGGAAUGUAUGCAUUAUAUAAGACAACCUGUUUAUAAAAAUUGGUACAAUACGGAACAAUCAUCCUGCCAUGCUGACGACACGCUAUGUUAUAAAUACUUAACCAUCGUGCUGAAACUUUUUAAUUAGGAGACCCAACCGGUAUUACAAAUAUAUGAAAACGUACAUGUUAUGGAUUACUUCUAGUUAAAAACAAGAGCGGUCUUGAAAGAAAUCUAGUGACUUUGAAAUACUUGCAAUUUUAAACUAUGACUUAAUUGUUUUGUUGUUUAACUUUUAAUUUGAGCUUAAUACAAUUACAUACACAUUUAAAAUAUAGAUUAACAAAUACUGAUACAAUACGUUUGCAAUCUGUAUAGUUAUAUACAAUGAAUAAGUGUUUUUUAAUGUUGACUAGAGGAGCAUAAUUUUACUCAUAAUAUGAAACAGGUUAUUAAAAAAUGACAAAUGUUUUUAACCCAAAUUAAUUUAAAUUGAAAUGUAUGUAGAUGUAGUUAAAAAACAAGAAGGCCUCCUAACUAUGAGAUUUUCAAUCAGAACAGAACAAGCCACCAAGUCCUUAAUGAAUUGAAUUAGUAUUUUACCAGCCAAACAAACAGUAUAAAUUUAACAUUUAGGAUAAACUGUCCAGAUUUUUUAAUAUUUAGGAAAUUCAAGUUACUGUUGAUUAAUGAAAUUAAUGGGUUAAUAAAGAUACAAGAAUUAUGAUACAAGA